AUGAGAAAUUACUACUCUAGUAGAAAAUCUCGGAAACAUAUUACUACUGUUGCCUUCAUCAUCCUUCUUCUUCUUUUGUUUCUGUUUCUUUACGCUAAAGCUUCAUCGUCUUCUCUUGAUAUUCAUCAUCACUCAACUCAUGGAAGCUUGAAGAAACCUGGAAUUUUGGAUCCAAAGCUUCAUGAUCUUAAUUCCAAUGCUGCGUCAAGAGGAUCAAGAUAUACUUAUCAAGGUGGUGAUGAAGAUGGUUUUGAAGAUGACAAGAGAAGGGUCUUCACAGGUCCUAAUCCUUUGCACAAUCGAUAA